GGUGUCAAUGCAUCAUAUCUUAGAAAAUACGAUAGCAACCACAAGGCUCCAACUUCAAGAUCAACGAUACAUACUUCUUAUUCGCAUUCUAUUUGUUUCAACAUAUCCCAAUUCACUUUUUUUUGGCCUAUCUUUUUGCUUCGGCAACCUAGAUAUCUUAUAUAUCUGCAAUAUAACGCUUGAUAAAAUAUCAUAAGAAUCAUAACAAUACUACUAUCCUCAUUAUCCCAUUAUCAACAUCGACAUCAACCUCACAAUUUCAGCCUGACACCAUAGUGUCACACGAAAUACCGCAACAUGGCAAACGACACAUAUCUAACAGACGACUAUGUCGCCUCCCUUCUUGCCGCCGAUGCAAAAUCCAGUUCUAUAAAAUAUUCAUCCAUGGGUCUCUCAGCCUACGCCCCCUCAUCCAAACCACCUCCCAAUAAACCCAAACCCAACACUCGUUUUUUGCGAAAUAUCAUCAGAGAUACGGAUAAUCAUAAUAGCGCAUUAUUAGCCAAAGAAGCUGCAGAGGCGAGAGCUAGAUUAGAGAGUUUAUCGGGUGGGGCAAGACAGAGAAAGGUUGCGCCGACGGAUAUUAGGAAGAGACAAUUGGGAGAUAUUAAGGCGAUUUUAGGGGGGCCAGUGAAGAGGAAACGGGAAGUAGAGGAUACAGGACGGGGAAGUGGGAAGAGGGAAGAUUCGUCGCGCACGGGAGAAAGCACAAAAAUUAGAAAAGUGAGGGAUGAGGAAGAUGGUGAUCGCAGAAGGAAUAGGAAAGACAUCGACAUUUCUGCGGAAUUGAUAGGUCAUCGGAGGAGGGAAUCAAGACGCAAAGAAGAUCGAGGUGCGGAUGAGGAAGUUGACAGGAAUAAUCGAAAAUCCAAAGACAGGCGGAGAAAGCAUCAAGACGAUGAGUCGGAAGAAGAUCAUCAAUCUCAACGAAGAGAACACAGACGAAGAAGAAGUACGUCAGAAGAUAGAGAGCGCGCAAGGGGUGAGAGAAAAAGACAUAGGGGGAGAGACAGAUCAGGUUCACCUCGAGAACAUCGAAGUAAAGAAUCAACUUACCGAGACCGAGAUCGAUCACCCCGUCGCUCUCGAAAGCGCUCCUUGUCACCACCUUCAGAUGAUGAAAGAAUAUCUUCGUCGAGACAACAUAAAAACUCCUCAUACCAUACCAAGCGCCACCCAUCUCCAGACGCAGGAUCAUCCGACUCUGAUCCCCUAGACUCAAUAAUCGGACCUCGCCCCGCCCACGAAAAACAACCCCUUCGAAUCCGUGGUCGUGGCGCUAUAUCCCUCGGUUCAACAUCAAUGGAUUCUCGGUUCCACGCAGAUUAUGAUCCAAAAAGCGAUGUGCAACUCGAAGAUAAUCUUGACAACGAAGGAGGAGAAGGAGAAGAUUGGGAUCAAGCAUUAGAAGCUCUACGCGAUCGACAGAAAUGGAAAAUGCAGGGCGCAAAUCGAUUGCGAGAUGCAGGAUUUUCGGAAGAAGAGGUUAAAAAAUGGGAGAGGGGAGGUGAGAAGAGGGAAGAAGAUGUGAAGUGGAAGGGGAAGGGCGAGGGAAGGGAGUGGGAUAGAGGAAAGGUUGUUAGGGGAGAUGGGACGGUGGGAUUUGAAACUGGAUGGGGAGAUGCGAAGAUGGAAGGAGCUUUGGGAUCUAGUAUAGAUACAGAAUUUGGGAGACUAAAGUAGGGGAGGGGGGUUAUUUCUCGGUGGUAAAUUAAAUUCAGCAUGUCGGUAUGGAGAAACUGGAAUUUGGAAUCUGGGAAUAUGGAAAGGGGGAGAAAUAGGAAUUGAAUAUAUGACCAGGUCUACGGCAUUUGGAAAGGGGAUCGGGAGUUGGGAUUUGAGAAUUGGAUAGGGAGGGAUAUGAGGUGAAUAUAUGUAUAUGUAUAAUAUAAUACGUAUGAUUGAUUGAAUAUUAGGCAGUAGGUAAUAGGUAUAUCAAUCAAAUGUGAUAAUAUCAACGAAAUACAAAGAGUAAAGUCCGAAGAGUAAAGAAAGAGAAUAUUUACUCA